AUGGCAGCCAACGGCUCCGGGGGGCUGCGGGACGCUCCUCCGGACGCCGAUGACCUCGGCGCCGACUGGUACAUCUACGAAGCCGCGGAGCCAGCCGUGCCGCAGGACGACAUGUUCCCCGGUGCCAUCCCAGCCUGUGAGCCCACCAUCUCCCCCAGGCUCUACCACCUCUGCAUGGCCCCUGUCUCUCUGGCCGUGCUCCUGGGGCUGUCCCUGCUGGUGAAGCGCCGGCGACUCCGCCGCAGCUGCUGGAAGGGAGUCCCAGGGCUGCUCAGCCCAGCCAACUUCUUGGAGGAGGAAGGCAACCGGGGGCUGGUGGCUGCAGUGUUCGGCGUCCUCUUCUCCUCCCUCUGCCUCCUGGUCCUGGAUGAGGACCCCCUGCCCUUCAUCACCCACUCCUCCCCCAGCACCCGGGAGUACUGGAAGAUCCUGGCCCUGCUCUACUACCCUGCCUUCUACUACCCCCUGGCCGCCUGCGCCACCCUCCGCCACCGGCUCAGCUACCUCCUGGGCUGCCUCCUCUCCUGGGGCCACUGCCUGGUCCACAUCUGGCAGAAGGUGGACUGCCCCCAGUCCCCCAAGAUAUACAGGUACUACUCCACCCUCUCUUCCAUCCCCAUCAUCAUCUGCCUCCUGCUUUUAAGCCUUUGGUAUCCAGCCCUGCUCCUCAGGAGCUUCACCAGGCAGGAGGAUGCCUUGGAUCAGGAGGCUGCAGGGGGAGGCUACUACCAGAGGUACCUCAAGGCUCUCCUGGCCAAACGCCUACAGAAGGCCAGCUCCACCAAGAUGGAAGAGAACCUCCUGGCCAGGCUGCAGGCCUACCUGGGCUCCUACAUCUACACCCCUGAGGAAGGCUUCCAGAUCCCCCUGAAGCUGCUGCUCUCCCUGACCACCGCUCUGAUCGCUGUCUACCAGGUGGCCCUGCUGCUGCUGGUGGCUGUCAUCCCCAGCCUGCAGAUCGUGAGGGCAGGGAUGACCAAGGACAUCGUGGUGCUGCUGGUGCAGUUCGGCCUGGUGCCCUCAGCCAGCCCUGCCGUGCCCAGCGACAUGGAGAGGGAGCUCAGCACCGUCAGGCACUACCUGUGGGCGCUGGAAGUGUGCUACAUCUGCUCCCUGGUGCUGUGCUGCCUGCUCACCUGCGCCAUGCUCCUGCGGACGCUGGUGAUGCACAGGACCAACCUGAGGGCCCUGUACCAAGGGGCUGUGCUGGAUGUCUUCUCCACGGCCCACAUCCUGCGGCCGUCCCGGCGAGCCGUCGCCUGCUGGCUGAGCUUCGCCGCCUUCCAGGCAGCCUUCACCUGCCUGGGUCUCCUCAUCCAGCAAGUGAUCUUCUUCGUCUGCUCAGUGGGAUUCACCUUCCUCUUGGUCAUCCCCCUCCAGUCUGGCACCAGCAGCCCCCUCCUCAGAGUCAUUCAGACCAUGUGGCCCUUCUGGCUGACCCUGGCAGCUGCCCUCCUGCUGCAGCACCUGGCAGCUCACUACCAGUUCCUGGAGCAGCAUCCCCUCAGGAAGGAGCUCACCAACAGGCGCGCUCUCUGCAUCGCCUCCUUCCUGCUCUUCCCCACCAACGUGCUGCUGGGGGUGCUGGCCGGGCUCUGGAGGCUGAUCCUCUCUGCCCUCUACAACGCUCUGCACUUCUGCCGGCUGGACCUCAGCCUGCUCAGCCGCGCCGCCGAGGCCUUCGACCCGGGCUACCACUGCUACUGCCACUACCUGAAACUGGAGGUCAGCCAGUCCCACCCCGUGCUGAGAGCCUUCUGCCUGCUGCUGCUGCAGCCAGCCCGCCCGGGGGCGCCGGCAGGGCUCCAGCCCAGCCACGUGGAAGAAGGCAUCCAGCUGCUGCAGGCCAAGAAGGCAGCAGGGAGCAGAGGCAGGUUCAAGCAGAGCAGAGCUCGCUGGGGCCUGGCCUACACCCUGCUCCACAACCCCUCGCUGAGCGCCUGCCGCAAGACCGCCCUGACCGACCCCACGGCCAACGGCGCCCAGCUCGGCCCCCCCAAGCCCUGACCCUCC